UUCUUUGCAUGUAACAGCUUGUUUAAAAACGUUAUUUUAUCCGUUUGACAAAAUAACAAAUGUAUAUAUAAACAAAAAUAACCCGUUACCUUCAUACGGUUUUAAAAGAGAGGUUAAGUGGCAAAUUAAAGCGUCCAGAUGCCCAGUGUGACGGUGAAAGAUGUCAACCAGCAGGAGUUCGUCAAGGCGUUGUCAGCUUUUCUUAAAAAGUCUGGCAAACUUAAGGUCCCGGAGUGGGUUGACACUGUGAAGCUGGCCAGGCACAAGGAGCUAGCUCCCUGUGAUGACAACUGGUUUUACACCAGAGCAGCGUCCACAGCCCGCCACCUUUAUCUGCGAGGAGGUGUGGGCGUGGGCGCCAUGAUCAAGAUCUACGGAGGGCGCCAGCGGAACGGUGUGUGCCCCGCCCACUUCAGUGUGGGCUCCAGGAACGUGGCAAGGAAGGUUCUUCAAGCCCUGGAGGGCCUCAAGAUGGUGGAGAAGGACCCCAAUGGCGGUCGUCGGCUUACUCCUCAGGGUCAGAGAGACUUGGAUAGGAUUGCUGGUCAGGUCGCCUCAGCAAACAAGAAACAGCGAAGUUUGCAAAGCGCCGCCUGAGAAAAGCACCCAGAGCAUAAACACCGGUGAAACACAGUUAUCUUUCGCUGUAUGUUUACACAAGUUUGCUUGCCUUUCCAUAUCAGCCGGGUUCCCACAGUACCCAGGGACAGAAGGCAGAGAGAGAGAUGCAUGAGUCUAUAGCGGAGUACAGCUGAACUUGUGAACCAAUAACAACAGUAUAACCAAGCAUUAGCAUGUUAAAAAGUCGUCGCUCUCCACCACAAAGCUGCGAGGACCAGAAAAAACAGAACAAAUGCAACGGACCCGACGACACGUUUUAUUAAAUUUCACAGCUCUUGUUUGCAGAAACAUUAUGACGUAGCUGUAACAGCAGCAGAUACAUGAAUGUAUAGGUGUUUAGUUGCUGAGCAUGACGGAGUUGAUCCAGCUGUUGUAACGGCACACGCGGGCGUAGACGCUGGGGUGUCCCUGCAUGGCGCAGUCGUAACCCCAGGACACAACUCCCUGCAGCUGACCGCCACACACCAGAGGACCGCCGGAGUCACCCUGCGGAUGGAGGGGGGCGAGACCAAUAAAGAGAAAUGUUUUGUCAUCACUAAAAA